AAUAAAUAACUAAAUAAAUAAUAAAAUAAUGCUGAGCCUUGUGAGGUGCCACUGCACGUAUCUGUUGAUUUUUUUUUUUUUUAAGUACUGUCUUCCUUUUCAGUGUGUGUGCUGGGGCUCCAUGAUCAAUACGACUCGCUUGUGAAUAUCAUUCGUACUACAGUAGUAGGAAUCGCCCAGUUGGUAUCCGCAAUAGUGGUUCGAUUUCAUCCGCUCGACCUGAUACACGCUCGACUGCCAUCCGCUCGAAUAGAUAUUCGCUCGUACCACGUAGAAUUAGGUAGGCCUAGGCUCCUUUUUUUGUGUUUGAGUGAACGCAUGAAAGCCCGGCAAUGAACGCUGUUAAAAGCCCGUACGGGCUGCAUUGGCAGUCCACGUCGACAGAAAAUAUCGACGUAUUGGAUGAAAGUCGACCGAGUAAUUUUGGUACUGAGUUGAGUGAAUCUGAGGGUAUUUCGUGUACCCAUUUUGAAGAACCGCAAAGUGAUUGGAACACAGGUAGUUCCGGGAAUAUCAAUGCUGAAAAUUUACAAGAAUUAGACAGUAAUAAUGAAUUAAUAGAAACAAAUAUUAUCGACAAUUUUUCUGCGAGUGUUGGAACAGAGAUGGCGAGGAAGAGGCAUGUUCAAGGCCCAUCUGGAUCGAAGAAAACUGAGGAUACUUCCGUAAAUAACGUAAAUAAUGGCUGUAUAAACGAGGGUGGUAUUUCGCAACACAGGUCAUCGAAACAGAAGGGCACCUUGUCAGCCAAGUCAAACAUCCGAUCAUUGAUCUUCGUAGUUCUUAUCUUGGGCAUACUGUCGAUAGUGUUUUACACGUGGUACACAUAUCAGCUUGCUGCUAUGGUAUCAACUCCAUUGAAUGUGCCAAAGGUUAUUGGCAAUAGUAAAAAUAAUAACAAACAUAUGUUGGGAUCUCAAAAAGGCAGUAAUGAUAGAUUUUGGGGAACGUAUCGCCCUGGAGUCUAUUUUGGCAUGCGGACAAGAAGCCCAAAUUCAUUGGUUACUGGCUUGAUGUGGUUCAAACAAUUUGCAACCAGAAAAAAUUUUGCUGUUCGACACAGUUGCGAACAUUCGGAUGAAUUACCUAAAUAUGGGUGGCUGAUGCAUGAUGGUGUUAAUUUUGGAGUGCAAGAAAUUGUUGAGAAAGAAUUCACAUUAAUGACAGAAUUUGUAAAGCGUCCCGGUGGCGACCAUGGAGGUGAUUGGUCUGUGAGGAUAUCCGGAAAGAACACUACAAGGAAGAGUAAUGCAUCAGUGGUCUCUGUCUUAUUUUAUGCGGCAUUAGAUGGGGACGGCAGUAUGCAGUACAAGACUAACGGUGGCAGUUAUCUGCAAGAAAUCCAUGGUGUUACCAAUGAGCUCGGGCAAUUUUCCCUGAAGUUUUUGAAUUCAAAAAGCACUAUAUCAACCCAUUUUUUAAGUACAUACUCACCUAGUAUACAUGUAUUAAAAGAUGUUGUGACAAGGACUGGUCUUCGUUCAUAUCCAUUUAAAGGUGGCAAACAAAUUAUUGGACUUGUGGGAGACGUGCUUGAAAAAAAUCAGGUGACAGAUUUCAAACCAAAUUUUAUGGUGCAUCAGGUUACGCUUCCUUUACCUUUUGAAGUAGAAGUUGUCUUUGAAUCGGCAAGUUUCAUCCAGAGACCUAAUCAGCUCUCAGGCUCUGUAUUCAGUCAAGAAUUAAUAAGAUAUCGAACCAAGUAUGAUCAAGAUUUUGAUACAAAAUUUGGAUUGGUUAAAAAAGGUUAUAGUUUGAAGGAGAUGAAAAUCUCAAAAGCCAUACUCAGCAACCUGAUUGGUGGGAUUGGAUACUUUUAUGGGAGUUCAAUUGUGAAGUCUCGAUACACUGGAAAGCCGGUUGAUUAUUGGGAAAGUGCUUUGUACACAGCUGUGCCAUCUCGCUCUUUCUUUCCAAGAGGAUUUCUUUGGGAUGAGGGAUUUCAUAACCUGUUGAUCAGUCAAUGGAAUCCAGAUAUCAGUAUGGAUAUAAUCGGUCAUUGGCUGGACUUGAUGAAUAUUGAAGGAUGGAUUCCACGUGAACAGAUUUUAGGUGAAGAAGCACGCAGUAAAGUACCGGAUGAAUUUGUUGUGCAAAAUAAUGAGAAUGCCAACCCUCCAACACUUUUUCUGUCCAUUCAGUCAAUCCUAAGAACUAUUGAUUCUAAAGCAGAAUCAAGUAGGCAAUUUAUUUCAAGAAUAUAUCCUCGUUUAAAAGUUUGGUACAACUGGUACAAUACUACACAGUCUGGGCCAGUUAAAUCUUCUUAUCGUUGGAGGGGCAGAGAUCCAACAACAGACCGAGAAUUGAAUCCAAAGACUUUGACAUCUGGACUCGAUGAUUUUCCACGGGCAUCACAUCCCUCCAAUAGCGAAAGGCACAUUGACUUGCGAUGCUGGAUGGCUCUUGCAUCUGGAAUAAUGGCUGAUCUUGCAAAAGAGGUAGGAGACCCAAGUACAGAGUAUAAAGCUACUUAUGAUUUGCUGACUGACAAUGCUCUUUUAGACAAACUUCAUUGGUCCCCAUCUAAGAAGAUGUACAGUGAUUUUGGCAAUCAUACUAAGGCAGUUUUCCUUCAAAGAACACAACCGCCACCUCCACCAAAGCCGCAGCCUGGUAAAAGGAUUCCACCGCCUCCAAAAAUGCCUAAGGUUCGAAUAGUAAAGGGGACACCGCCAAAAGAAAUGUUUGUAGAUACUCUUGGUUAUGUUAGCUUAUUUCCGUUCUUACUUCAGGUACUUAAACCAGACUCUGAUAAGUUAGGAAAGGUACUGAUGGAUAUUAAAGAUCCUAAUCUUCUUUGGACCAAAUAUGGUCUAAGAUCCCUGUCAAAAUCUGACCCAUUGUACAUGAAGUACAACACAGAACAUGAUCCACCAUAUUGGCGAGGAACUAUCUGGAUUAACAUGAACUUUUUAGCUGUACGUGCUCUCUAUCACUAUAGUAAUACAGAAGGUCCCCACAGUGAUGCAGCCUGGCAACUUUACCAGGAGCUUAGACAGAAUUUGAUUACUAAUAUUCUGAAGCAAUAUGACAUGUCAGGAUAUGUGUGGGAACACUACAGUGAUGUAAAUGGCAAAGGUCAAGGGACACAUCCAUUUACUGGCUGGACUUCUUUGGUUGUCUUGAUGAUGGCAGAGCGAUACUAAAAUUUCAGUUUCUGUUAAAUUCCAUUCUAAUACACUACUACUACUACUACUACUAUUUCUUUUUCUAUGAAAUGAAAUAGAUUUUAAGGCAUUUUUCAGUCCAAUUUGUUGUUUUUUUUGUUUUUUUUUGUUUUUGUUUUUUUUCGCAUUCAAUAACAACGCAAAAGGCACCCUCAAUUAAUUUUUACCUCAAACAAUCCCAUUUUUAGAGUAAAAUAAUAUUUUUAUUUAAUUCUCCACCUAGAUGCUUUUGGUAGAACCGUUUUGCGGAAUAGCGGGUGGUAGGAAAUGGGGGUUUUUUUUUCGCUGUCUCUGAAAAUGCUUCAAAAAUAAAGUUCACAAAACAAGGUAUAAGGAAUCAUUGUCUAUAUUAAUGAAAAAAUAAUAUUUUUUACAUUUUAACCUCUUACAUUUAUUUUGUCCUUUAAAAGGAAAUUCUUUGCCCGCAAUAUAUAUCAAAUUGUUAAAAUACUGUAGUAAAACUUUGAAGUAUGGAAGCUGUAAAAAUUACCUUUGUACUGGUAUUUGAAAAAUGCUAGGCACAGUGCUGUAAUGCAAUUUCAUGCUGCACUUAAAUGGUGACAGAAUUGUAUUACAAGAAGUUGUCAGCUGAAAAAAGUGUUCAGUUUCAGAUUGAAACAAAUUUUGCUUUUUAAUAUUUUAUUUAUAAAAUUAGAAAGUAAUGAUUGAAAUGAAAUUUCUUCUCCCUUCAUUUAAAUGUCAAUUAAUUCAGGUCAUAUUGUACUACUGUAUUGCUUAUUUAGAGCUUUCAUCAAAUAAAAUGUAAUUUGUAAAUUCUUAUUUAUUUUAUGUAUUUAUUUCAUUGUUAAAGUGCUUUUAGCGGCACUGCACUAAUGUCUCAAGUGGAUCACAAAAAAUAAAAUCACUAAAUUUAAAUUAAUUACAGAUUCAUUGAGAUGGGUUUAAAUUUGUUUUGGAAGUUUAUAUUUUGCUUCACCAAGGUAUUUGAUUUAUUACUAAGUACAUGUACAUUAACGUGAUUAAUAAUUAAUACUGUGUGUUACGUAUUAUGAUGGCCACAAUUCUUUUCAAGCAUUUAAAUAUUACCAAUAGAUGUUUUUCUUUCUAUGACAUUAUUAGUUAUUUUUAUUCUAAGUCAUUCAGUAAAGUUUUAGUGUUA